AUGGAAUCCUCUGUGAUUACUUCAUUGUCGCUGAGCUUCAAACAGGUUCCUCCACCAGCUGUUCCUGCUUUUCUCGACUGUGUUUUAAGCUCCACAGGCGUAUCUCCCUCAACCCUCUUCGAAUCCCUCAUCAAUGAAUUUCCUUUUCGCUCGGAGGAUACGAUUCAAGUGGACAAGAAAUUCGAUUCUGAAGAUUGCAACCACAUUGCUUCAUUGGUGGCUGGGCUUUGCCAUCUACUUAAAAAUUCUGGGUUUGGUGGUGGAGAUAAUAAUCAUAAUGCGUUGCAGUUGUUUGUGUGGCGAGUGUUUAUUCCACUGAUGAAGAUGGUUCGUGCAUAUGAUUUGGAUAUGCUUAAUCAGAUUAUACAAUCAUUCUUCGAUGUUGUGACUGAGACUAGUGUAUUGGAUAUGUUGGGAGUGAGCUUGGUGCCUUUUUUACUGAGAUCAGUUGGUGUUUCCAUGGGGAUGCUAAUUCACCAAGAGUCAGAUUUCAUUAAAUGGGGACAGCUGAAUACAAGAGAUAUUGUGGAUGGAAACUAUGUUGCAUCUUUGUCUGGAUCGUUUCCGAUUCCACUGUCGUGCCAUCUCCUGAAUUUGGUACUGAGUGCUGCUUUUCAAAGCCGUCAAGCAGCUCCAGUGGUGGAAAGAUUUGCAGCUGGUUUGCUUUGGGAUUUGUGUAAUACCACUGAGCGGCUUUUGUCUCAAAGUUUAGAGCAUCGUUCAUGUGCUGUUAGUUUCCUCCUCCCUGCUGUUUUCAAGGUGUUCUCUUCUCAGUCCUCUAUGAAUAUCUCACUUCAAGGAAAUACGUACAUUCUUUCAAGGAAUGGCUUCAAGAAAAAGAUUUGGGAAUGCUGCAAGAAGCUGUUCUCGGUUGGAUCAAUAGAGAGAAGGGAUGCUUACAGUGUUCUCGCCUUGUGCCUUUCUUCUGGAACUGAAAGUUGUGUCUCAGAAAAAGACGCUGUUGAAUUUGACUUGAGAUCCGAACAAGAGUUUUGGGACGAAAUCAAGAAAGGCUUGGUUGUUGAUGAGAGCUUAGUGAGGAAGCAGUCAUUGCAUAUACUGAAAUCAGUAUUAUCCAUAAGUGAAGUGAGUAAGAGUUGUGAGAAGAAGCCUGAAGGGAAUUCAGCUCAUCGUGGUAUGACGAAAAAGGAGACGUGGGCAGAAAAAGAAGCCAAGUCGCUUGGUGUGGGAGAAUUGUAUGGCUCUGUUGACUCUGGCUUGACUAGUCAGCAGCAGUGGCAAGCUUUUGUGCUCUUGUAUGAGAUGCUUGAAGAGUACGGCACUCAUCUUGUAGAAGCAGCAUGGAGUAACCAGAUUGAUUUGUUAAUCAAGUCAUCUUUUAGAUAUGAGGGAUCCUUAGAAUCCGACUGCAACAACUCUCAUCAAGGUUACAUGGAAACUCCAGAUGAAGAAACUGAAAUAUUUAGUUGGUUAGAGGUUCUUUGGAGUCGGGGCUUUCGUCAUGAUAACCCUUUAGUCAGGUGCACGGUCAUGGAGUCUUUUAUGGGGAUUGAGUGGAGAAGAUACAAAACAUGUACACAAUCAAUGUCCCAAACUUUUGUUCUUGGGCCUUUCGUAGAGGCUCUGAAUGAUUCUGCACACCACAAGGAUUUCGGGCUGAAAGCCAUAUAUACGUCAAGAACAAUAGAAGGUGCAACUCAGUAUGUGUCUGCGUACACAAGUUACCUCAACCCAAGGGAUCGGGUUGGAUUUUUGAUCAACCUGGCAUCUCUUGCAAAGAAACAGUCUUUUGGUAGGGCUGGAUUUAUGGCUCUCAUACAAUGCAUUGUUUCUACAGCGUAUGUGGUUGGAGGAAACGGAGACAAGGAAACCGAGCAUCUCGAAGAUAGAUUCUCUGGGACUCUCCAUGAGCCUUCUAGUGAGCAUUUAAGUCAAGAUGAUAUGGUACAUCUACUGGAUGUCUUGAAGUUUGUUGCAGAGAGCAGCAGACAACAUUUUAAUCAUAGAUAUCGUAUUCGAGUGUAUCAAAAAGUGUUGGAAACUGCUGCUGCAGUGGUGAACCCUUGUAAUGUUCCGCUUGGAACACUAUUGCAGUUUGUUUCAGCAAUUCCUCGGGAGUUUACUGACCAUGAUGGUUCAUUGCGCAAAGUGAUGCUAGAAUGGCUCCAGGAGUACAACAGAAAGACAUCCAACAGUUUCUGUACUGAUGGGACUCGUCUUCUGGCGAGCCUUAAUGAGUAUCUGAGAGAAUUUAUCAGUGAUCAUGUUGAGGGCUUUGAUGAUGAAGACUUGGAGGCAUGGGAAUCCCAAACAAAACGAUGGGCAAGAGUAUUUUUCCUCGUAGUUAAUGAUGACGAACAUCUCACCGAUAUCAUAACGUUUGUACAAAAUAGCGGCGUUAGUUUAUUCCAAGAGAAGAACCACUUAGAGCGGGCUCCUGCGAAGUUUUUAAUCUUCAUUCUAAGUAUGCUUUUAGAGCUUCAGAACAUGCAAGAUGAAACUUCCGAGCUUAGUUCUUUGGUGAAAACCAAGUCUGGCCUCGGUUCUGUUGAGGAAAAUGGCAAGCACAUCAUUGGCAGUGCUUCAGUUAUUCAUGAAAAGUUUGCUGUUGUUCUCUUAUCAAUAAUGAAGGAGCUGAUUUCAUUUGCUGAUUCAUCUUGCUCUAUAUUCUGGUCUCACACUACUGUGGAGAAUGGUGCCCUGUCUGGUUCUGUCACUGGAAAACUAGGCGGUCCAAGUCAACGCCGGCUAUCUGCUCCUACUACAACAGCUGUACUAGAAGCUGUAACAUCGGUGAAAAUUAUUGGGUUGAUCUCGUCAUACUGUGCUCAAGUCACUAGUGGUGGUGGUGAACUCAAAUUAGCAAUGGCUUUCUUUUGGAAGCUCACCCAGCAUACUAUAUCAUCUCAAAUUUGUAACUCUGAGGCUGCAGCUGAGGUCUAUCUUGCAGCAUUUGAAGCUCUAGCUGCAGUACUGAAUGCAUUUGUGUCCUUGUGCUCAGCUGGAGCUUUCAACCUCUUAGAAAACGAUAAUACAUUGAUAACCAUGGUAGAUGGUGAAUACUGGUUACAAGUUUCGGUUCCGGCUUUCCUCCAUAACAUUAACCAUCUUCUCACAGCAGGACUUCUGGUAAGAAGUAGAAGGGCAGUUCUGCUUAGCUGGAAGUGGCUUUGUGUGGAGUCUCUAUUAUCAAUCAUGCAUAUUCUUGAUGCCAGGCGUAUUCCAGGGGAUAGAAAGUCUUUCUUCUCAGAUGAUACAGUUAAAAUCAUCUUUCAUGAUAUUGUAGAGAGCCUUGAAAAUGCUGGGGAGGGUUCUGCUUUGCCUAUGCUGAAAUCUAUCAGACUCGCUUUGGGGAUACUUGCAUCUGGGAAAUCAACUUUGGAUGGUUUCUCGGGUGUGGAUACUCAGACGUUGUGGCAGUUGGUCAAAUCAUGUUGGAUAUUGCAUAUUAGCUGCAAGAAAAGAAGAGUUGCACCCAUUGCUGCGCUUUUGUCUUCUGUGUUGCAUUCUUCUUUGUUUAGUAACAAAGACAUGCACGUAGCUGAAGAUGGACAUGGUCCACUGAAGUGGUUUGUUGAAAAAAUACUCGAGGAAGGACAAAAAAGUCCACGCACAAUUCGUCUUGCGGCCUUGCACCUAACAGGACUAUGGCUCAUGUACCCUAGGACGAUAAAGUUCUACAUUAAAGAAUUGAGGCUUCUGACUCUCUAUGGCUCUGUUGCAUUUGAUGAGGAUUUUGAAGCUGAAUUAUCUGACAAUAAUGAUGCAAGAACUGAAGUAUCACUAUUGGCGAAAAACCCGGACCCUGAACUGACAGAAGUUUUUAUCAACACGGAGUUGUAUGCACGUGUCUCGGUCGCUGGUCUGUUUCAGAAUUUGGCCUCUAUGGCCGAACCAGCAUGUCAAAAUCAAGAUUAUCAAGAGGCUAUUGUGUCUGGAAAAUUGUAUUUAUUGGACCUUCUUGAUGCGGCGGUUCAUGAUAAAGACUUGGCGAAAGAGCUUUACAAGAAGUAUAGUGCUAUCCAUAGACGGAAAAUACGCGCUUGGCAGAUGAUUUGCAUUAUGUCGCGAUUUGUCAGCGACGACAUUGUUGGCCAAGUCAUGGACAGUGUGCACAUUUGCUUACAUAGAAAUAACCUGCCUGCGGUUCGGCAAUACCUGGAAACAUUUGCCAUCAACAUUUACCUGAAAUUUCCAGCACUGGUUAAAGAGCAAUUAGUUCCUAUACUACAAAACUAUGAUUCUAAAGCUCAGCAAGCUCUCUCGUCCUACGUCUUCAUUGCAGCCAAUGUCAUCCUUCAUGCCGAGAAAAUAGCUCAACAGACACAUCUGAGAGAACUUCUUCCACCAAUAAUUCCGUUGUUAACUUCUCAUCAUCACAGCUUACGUGGUUUCGCCCAGUUAUUAGUGCAUCGAGUUCUCUUUAGACUGUUUCCGCCUCUGGAGUCCACAUCAUCUCAGACAAUAUCGUUGGAGAAACUUUCUUUUGAGAAUUUGAAGUCUUAUCUGGACAAGAAUCCUGAUUGUUCGAGAUUGCGAUCAUCUAUGGAAGGAUACCUUGAUGCCUAUGAUCCCACCACCUCUGCUACUCCGGCUGGUGUUUUUGUCAAUCGUGUUGAGGAAAGUGAGUUUGAAUGUGUUCCAACAUGCCUCAUGGAUAACGUUAUUUCUUUUCUCAAUGAUGUUAGGGAAGAUCUCCGUGCUUCCAUGGCAAAAGACAUCGUUACCAUUAAGAAUGAAGGCUUCAAGAUUGAAGAAGAGCCCAACCGUAAGUUGAUCAUGCCAACGACAGAUGAAGAAAGGCUCUCUGAGCCAUCUUCGUUGGACUUCCAGAAGAAGAUCACUUUGUCGAAACAUGAGAAGCAAGAUGCUACUUCAACUUCUGUGCUCCAAAACGGGGAAACAUACAAGCGGCUCUUUGAAAUGGAAAAGGAAGACGAGCUCGUGAGUCAACUCUUACGAUCUAGAAGCAUGGAGGUCGAAAGGUUGAAAUCUGAUCGACAGAGUUUGAUCCUUGUGGCUUCACUGCUUGAUCGUAUCCCUAAUCUUGCUGGUUUGGCCCGGACAUGCGAGAUAUUUAAAGCAUCAGGUCUUGUUGUCGCAGAUGCAAACGUAAUACACGACAAACAGUUCCAGCUAAUCAGUGUGACUGCUGAGAAAUGGGUUCCAAUCAUGGAAGUCCCUGUGAACAGUUUGAAACUGUUCUUGGAGAAAAAGAAACGAGAAGGCUUCUCAAUCUUGGGACUGGAACAGACAGCUAACAGCGUUUCUCUGGACAAAUAUCAAUUCCCAAAGAAGACGGUUUUGGUGCUUGGUCGGGAAAAGGAAGGCAUACCUGUGGACAUAAUCCAUGUACUGGACGCUUGUGUCGAGAUCCCACAACUUGGAGUCGUUAGGUCCCUCAACGUUCAUGUCAGUGGUGCUAUUGCCCUAUGGGAAUACACUCGGCAGCAACGCAUUCAAUAG